AUGCCGGAGUUUGAUGUGAUUGUUCUGGGAACCGGACUGAAGGAAUGUGUUUUAUCUGGACUGAUGUCCGUCAACGGGAAGAAGGUCCUUCAUAUGGACUCCAACCCGUAUUAUGGAGGAGAAAGUGCCUCAAUUUCCCCUCUGGAGGAGCUUUAUAAGAGGUUCCAGGUUUCUGCUUCUUCAAAAUCAAUGGGAUGCGGGAAAGACUGGAACGUGGAUCUGAUUCCCAAGUUCCUGCUUGCAAACGGUCCUCUGGUGAAGAUGCUGCUGUACACUGAGGUCACGCGAUAUCUGGACUUCAAGGUGAUUGAAGGCAGUUUCGUGUACAAAGGAGGGAAGAUUCACAAAGUCCCCUGCACUGAGACUGAGACGCACAAUUCUGAUCUGAUGGGGAUGUUUGACAAGCGGCGGUUCCGUAAGUUCAUGUCCUUCGUCCUGAACUUCGAGGAGAACGAUCCGCGGACGUAUCACGACAUGGACCCGCACAGAACCACCAUGAGGGACGUGUUUCGCCACUUCGACCUGGGAGACGAUGUGGUGGAGGUCACAGGUCACGCUCUGGCCCUUCACGUCAACGAUGACUAUCUGGAGCAGCCGUGUCUGAUGACCAUAAACCGGAUCAAGCUGUACUCCGAGUCUCUGGCGCGCUACAGUCUCAGCCCGUUCCUCUACCCGCUGUUCGGUCUGGGCGAGCUGCCGCAGGGCUUCGUCAGGCUCAGCGCCAUCUACGGGAACAGCUACCUGCUAAACCGCCGCGUGGAUGAAAUCCUGAUGGAGAACGGGCGAGUGGCAGCGGUGCGAUCCGAGGGCGAGGUCUUCCGCUGUAAGCAGCUGAUCUGUGACCCGAGCUACAUGCCGGAGCGCGUGAAGAAAGUCGGUCGCGUCAUUCGCGUCAUCUGCUUACUCAACCACCCCAUCAAAAACACCCACGACGCCAACUCCUGCCAGAUCGUCAUCCCGCAGACGCACCUCAACAGGAAGUCAGAUAUCUACAUCUGUUUGCUGUCCUUCGCUCAUAACGUGGCGGCGGAAGGCAAGUACAUGGCCGUGGUCAGCACGAUGGUGGAAACCUGCAACCCAGAGAAGGAGGUCCAGCCCGGUCUGGCCUUGCUGGAGCCCAUCAUGGAGAAGUUUGUGAGCGUCAGUAACCUGAUGGUCCCCACGGACGACGGCCGCAGGAGUCAGAUCUUCGUCUCCCGCUCGUACGACCACACGCCGCACUUCCAGACCGAGACGGACGACAUCUUGGAUCUGUACCGCCGCGUCACGGGCUCAGAGUUCACCUUCAGGAAUCCCAGAGACGCCGACGCCGACUCUGACGACUGAACGAGCGCCACAACACCAAACCCACGAGAGAUCCUUCACACAUUCCAACACAAAACACGGCUGCAGUGUUUCUUUUUCAUCUAUAGAUUAGCGUUUCUUAUUAUUCCAGUCACAUACAGUUAAUAUACAAAACGUCAUUUCACUGGGUCUGCAGCGCAGGUCGCAAAAAUAACACUAGACGGAUGUGGUGAGUAAUACAACGACUUCACUGGAAACAGUAACUGCAAACAAACUGUAAACACCGUAUGUUUCAACUCAACUUUAUUUCUAUAACACUUCAUACAAUAUUAAAUAUGCGUUUACAGUGUAUAACUCUAGACCGUGUUGUUUGAUUCACAGCGUUCUUCAGAAUAUCUUUGGUGCUUUAGAGAACAGGAGGUUUUGAGCCAGUAAAUGAUGACAGGAUGAUUAUUUCUGGCUGAAUGAUCUCUUUAACGGGGUCACGACAUGAGAAAUCAAAUUUGCCUUCAUCUUUCGGCAUAUAAGAGGUGUUUGUACCAUUAAAACAGCCUCCAGGUUUCAUAGCUUAAAACCUUAUUUAUUUAAUCAAGCUCCAAAAACAGCUCGUCAGUGUUAGGAACAAGUGGAUAGUUCAUUUCUAAUGGCAUCCCGGAUCGUGUCGGAGGAUGUUGUUUUGUAAUCGAGGCACAGAGACACAUCUGUUGAAAGAUGAAGCUGCAUCACAAACCGCAAGUAAAUGAUUUCAUAGUGAUUCGUCUGGAAAUGACCGUUUUAGUUUGAUCAUGUUGUGAAGAGACUCGUGUUGUGCAAAAAACUUUAUCAGCAUUAUAAGUAAACCUCAAGGAACAUAUUACAUUUUAAUAUUUAAAAAGUCCAUGUCAUGACCUGUUUAAGGCUCAGUAUUUCCUCCUGCGGCGGAUGUUCAGAGACAGACGCAUUAAAACACACAUUUCUGUGUUUUAACACACUUCACGAGUUUGCGUUUUCCCUCGAGUCCUACAGUGUAGAUAAAGCUACGUUCACACUGUCACUCCAGAUCUGAUUAUUGUGUAUCUGACUGGAAUCUGAUUUAAAUGAUGGACUGCUCAGAUCUGAGGAAUAUCUGCGUUAGUUUCUAAGAGAAAGUGAUGGCAGUCAGACUGAAAUGGAUUACUAAAAAUCGUAUUUAAUGUGGUUUUGAUUCCGUUCACACUGGUUAAUAUGAUGGGAUCUGCAGAAUGGGAUGUGGACUGGCAGUCUUGUGUGGUGUGGUGUUUGUAUUGUAUAUGUGGUGCUAAUAAAGAC